AUGUACAAAUCACAUCAAAUAUGGGAACAUGAACUUAGAAUGCCUUUUAUUAAUAUAGAACAACAAGAUACAUAUAUGUGUGCAUAUUUUCAACCAUCCAUAUUAAAUGAAACUACUUUCAUUCGAGAAAUUCAUCCUAUUGCUAAUCAUUCUACUGUACAUCAUAUAAUUCUUAAAGGUUGUUUAUAUCCAGUUAAAAAAAAUAAUAAACAUACAGUAUGUGGAAUAUGUCAAACAAUUUUAUAUGCAUGGGGUUUAAAUGCACCAUCUUUACAUUUUCCAUUAGGUGUAGGAUAUCCAAUAGGUAUAAAUGCUCAAAUUAAAGGAUUUGAAUUAGAAGUUCAUUAUUUAAAUCCUGUUAUAUCUGAUCAUUCUGGAUUAAAAUUAAUUAUCACUGAUCAAAUUCAACCAAGAGUAGCUGGUGUAUUUUUAUUAUAUGCAUAUGAUGAGAUAAUACCACAUGGUGUAAAAAAUUUUGCUAUUGAUGUGUCAUGUCGGUAA